AUGGUGCACGCUGACGCCGCGGCGAUCCCAUCGGACAUUCAAACCAAGUCGCAGUUCUACGAGUAUGUCGGCAUGCAAGUGGCCGGCCUGCUCGAUGGGCAGCGCAGCUGGGUCACGAACCUGGCCAACGUGAGUGCUGUCCUGUACCACUCGAUGAACCGCUUCCACGCAUGGAAGGACUUGCACGUCAACUGGGCCGGGUUUUACGUGCUUUCGCCGCUGUUCCCCGGCGCUCUACCGCCGACCAAGCAGCCCACGCUCCUUCUGGGGCCGUUCUGCGGGCUCCCGGCCUGCCAGGUCAUCGCUUCUGUGCCAGGCCGGGGCGUGUGUGCGGACGGAAGCGCUCAGCUCCCGCCCAAGGCCGUGUGUGUGCCCCACACAGAUGCAUACCCGGGCCACAUUGCAUGCGACUCGCUCUCGCAGUCGGAGAUCGUCGUGCCGAUCGUCGUGCCGCGCACCUCGCUCUCUGACGCAGCUCAGGCAGCUCUUAAGGGCGACGGCCCUGAGGACCUUGUCCGCGCCUGGGGUGGGCGCGGUGAUGGAGAUGAUGUAAUCAUUGGCGUCCUCGACAUUGACUGCGAGUCACAGAACGGCUUUGACCACGAGGACGUGGCCGCCCUCGAAGCACUGGUGCGGACAGUGAGCCAGGCGUGUGAUUGGUGUGUGUAG